AUGUCCCUCCUUGGCUUGACGACCUUUAUUCUCUGCUCCAUCAAGGUCCGCGCUCGACUUCUGCUAGAAACACAACAAGCGGACUGUGCCAGCCACCGCUCCCAGCACAGCCUGAGAUGCUCAUUCCAUCCAAUUGCCUUGCAGCUAUACCGCAUUCUACGUGGCUAUUGCAUCGAGAAAUACCAUCUGGCUGUCUUUAUGCUGGCCUGGCUCGAGUCGCUUCUCCUGUUUCUUCAUUGGUUUUACCUCCGCCGCGUGGAGAUUCACUUUGUCUGCCUUUAUCUUCAAGUCAAUCAGUACUUGUGCAUCAGCUUAUUCUACUCGAGCUUGGCCCUCAAGAUCACCGAAGCUCCACAUUUGUGGAAUAAAGUGGUGGUGCCCGUGGGCUCGCUUCUUUUUGCCUACUUCUCGGGGGCGCUCAUUUACUCGUUGGUGAGCAUUGUGGCCAACUCAGCCGAGUGCAAGCAACCACCGUGGCUCCUCUUCUCCACGUCCAAGCUCCUCUUGGCGCAAUUUUUUGCCAUUUCAGCUCGCAAACUCAUUCAAACGAUCGAGGCUGCCAACACUGACGUCGACUACAAGCGCCUCAAACAACGCGUCGUGUGGUCUCUUGUCUGGGGCUUUGAGAUCAGUGCCAUUGCAGACUUUACCGUUGACCUUGUCUACAACCUUGGUUCUCGAAAUACGGGCUGUGAUCAGGUGUUUGGGCAACCAAACACAGCGCAAUACACAGCCGUGAGCAUUACCUUGCGCCUGCUGACAAAUUUGAUCCCAAUUUGGGUCAUGCUCUACCAGCUUCGCCCAGCAGCACGCUCCGUCUCGCCGGCGCGCGCGGCUGGUCUUCAUGAUGCCGAUGUGGAGGAGCCGCGGACUUUUACCUCAGCCCCUGCCUUUGUGUUUGAUGACUUUGUGUUUGAUCUUCCCGAAGACGAUGAUGAGUUGUCACGGCGACUGCUCGAUGACACCUAUGACAGUAUAAAUACACCUUGA